ACUCAAUUUGAUUUGGAUGAAUAUCCCUAGUAAAAAUUGUACAUUAUUUUUUAUAGUCGCAUCAAACGUGAGUGCAUUCAUUCAUAUGAGGAUUAUGAGCCCUCGCUUUCUUGGCGUAGUGUCAAGUGUCCAUGGUGAGAAAUAAAACAAAAGCCAGGAACACGCUAUCUCUUUCUCCCCGUGUCUCCUUGUCCCCCUCUUCACAGUGAGCAAUUAACAAUGUGCGUAAUUACAAAGUGUGGAUAACAUAAUUGUGAUCAUAAUAACAAACAAUACACUAACAAACAGUAACACCCUUUUCUUUCUAGUUUCUACUCCAAGCAUUGUUCGUUGCUUCCUUCGCAGUCUCACUCUUCGUACUACACACCCUUUUCCCCUUUUUUUUGUUUUUUCCAUUUCCAUUCUUUCUUGCUCGCGCUCAUCACUCUUUCUCUGUUUCUCUCUCGCCGAGUAACUGUUCGACGAAAUGCCCCAACCAUGCACUUCCUCACCGCACCCUCCUACCUUUCGCUGCUCUCGCCCCAUUUGACCCCUUCCCUCGCCCCCCCACUCCACUUCCCCGCCUCGACCGGGCGGGUGCGCCGGUUUGCGGUUGAAACCGGUUCGGUUCUCCGUUCUUCUCUCUGGAAGGUGAACCGCUACAAGGGUUUGUGGUUGUCCUGCACCGGGUUCUUGCGGCGGUGCAAGGAUUGGGACGGAGAGUUUUCCUCUCUUGAGUCGCAGAUUUUGGAUUUCAUGCAGAAUACCGAUAAGCCCGAAGUGUUUCCGACCAAGGAAGAGUUGGUUGCUGCAGGGAGGGUGGAUUUGGUCAACGCUAUUGUCAACGAAGGAGGGUGGCUCGCUUUUGGGUGGGAUUUGAAUGGUGGGUCCAGCGAAAUUCUCGGUUUUGAAGAUAAUAGUGGCGGUGGAAUUGAGGGUAAUGGGGCUCAGGCUUCUGGGGUUUCUUCUUCUUCUCCUUCUCAAUCAGAUAAUUCAGUGGGAAUUGAAGCUGGAAAAUCAGGCAUUGAGGGUAUAUUGAGUCGGUUGGAGAAACAAAGAAAUAGAUCUUUUGGACUUGACUUAGAUAAUGUUUCUUUUGAAAAUAAUGAAGAUAAAGAUGAAUGGGAUCCUAGAACCACAACGGAUACAAUGGCCGCUGGCCUAGAAAAUGGUAGCAGAGCAUCCUCAUCAAGCUCUACUAGCAGUCAUCUCAGUGGUUCUCAGAUCAAACAUGAUCCGCACGGAUCUCAAUUAGGUACUGAAAAUUUAAGAAACUCGCUUAAGCCAGAGACGUGGAGGAGUUGGAUUAUUCAGAGAACUGGUUUUCUGGAUACAGAUUUUGAAGAUGCUGAAAUUGUUCCCAAUGAAACUGAGAAAGGAGGCAUGAGUGACGCUUCAAGACAACCUGAUAUCCUCAACAGAAGGGAGUUAUCUUCUGAACAUAUAAACAGAGAAACAGGACUAUAUUCUCUUGAUGGAAAUGCAAAUCACAGUGACAUUAAAUCCCGUAUCCAGAAUCUGGAAUCGGAGCUAUCUUCUAUACUUCACUUGUUGAGGUCUAGCUCGGAUAAAAUUACAAUGCAGAUGGUCCAGAAGAGCUCUUCUGAUGAUCUAGCAAAGCUUUCCGAUGCUUGGGAAUUCCAGGAAAAUGAGAUCAUGAAUGCUCAGGACAGAUUGCGUUCUAUACGGGCUAAGUUGUCAGUGUUAGAAGGAAAGAUGGCAUUGGCAAUAAUGGAUGCACAUAAGGUAGUUGAAGAAAAGCAGAAGAAGAUUAAUAAUGCGCAAAAAGCUUUGCAAAUUCUGAAGACUACUUGUGUAGUUUGGCCUAAUAGUGCUUCAGAAGUACUUUUAACAGGAUCAUUUGAUGGUUGGUCCACCAAGAGAAAAAUGGAGAGGUUAAGUAGUGGUAUAUUUUCUUUGAACUUGCAGCUGUAUCCUGGAAGAUAUGAGAUGAAGUUCAUUGUAGAUGGAGAAUGGAAAAUUGAUCCAUUGCGCCCUGUUGUUACCAGCAAUGGCUAUGAGAAUAAUCUUCUCAUCAUUUAUGAUUGAUGUAAAAGAGAGUAAGCAUGAGAUAAUGUCUGUAGAACACAGAAGAGGAUGACAUGCUCUAGGUUAGUCAGCCAUUUUUUUUUCCAUUUUUUCACCGGUGUACAAAAUUUUCAGUGAGCAGUUCAUUGAUUCUUUUACUUGGUCCUUGUACCACUUCUAGAUGUAGAUAUCUUGAUUAAUGUCGAACGAAUCCCAUUCAAUCAUUUUUAGCAUGAUCAUGUAAUUGUGUAAGUGGUGCCUCACCGUAUCAAAUGAUGAGUAAAUGUUGGUAAUAAGGUUGCAUAACCACGUAUUCACUGUUUUGAUUGUUGUUCUUGGCAUACUUUCUGAUCUACUGUAUAAGGUGAGAAAUGGUUCAGUUUA